UGGGCAAAGGGCUGCGCUGUCUAUUUAUCCCCGACCAUCGUGGCCCUAAUUUUUUUCUAUUUUACAGUACAACGUAAAACACCACCACCAACAUGCAGAAGAUCGUGCUCCUUCUCCUCGCUUUCGUCGUGGCCUUCGCCGCCGCUGAUCUCCUCACCCUCAAGGCCUCUGAGGACAACAAACGCCAGAGCGGCUGCUCUGCCAGCUCGUGCCCCAGCGGUGAGACCUGCUGCCAGCUUGCCGGUGGCCAGGUCGGUUGCUGCCCUGCUGCCAACGCCUGCUGCUGCCCCGAUCAGCAGCACUGCUGCGGUACUGGUCAGUGCGUGUGCACUGGCGGCAGCUGCACCGGUUGCGCCCAGACUGGCCAGUGCUCCAACCAGAAGAGGUCGGUCUUCGAGGUCACCCGCGAGUAAAUCGUGGCCUUCUCGUUGCGCGCCCCCUCUUUCUUUUGAUCUCAGCGUUCAUCUCCUGAAAAUACAUUGUUUCUAG